GCGUGUUGACGGCCAUUUUGGAACCUGAACAGAAGAUCGGCAGGUUUAUUGAAUUUUCUGUCUUAUUUCCCUGUAAUUUAUUGAAGAAAAAAAAUAUAAUAUUAUAUCACCAUGGAUGAAGAAUAUGACGUAAUCGUAUUGGGCACUGGUCUGAAGGAAUGUGUGCUCAGUGGUCUCUUAUCAGUGAAUGGUCGCAAGGUACUGCAUAUGGAUAGAAACAAAUAUUAUGGUGGAGAGAGUGCAUCAUUGACUCCCCUUUCUGAACUAUAUGAAAAAUUUGGUUUAAAGGCAGAAGAUGUACCUGAAUCUUUUGGCCGCCAGAGAGACUGGAAUGUUGAUCUCAUCCCUAAAUUUCUCAUGGCUAAUGGCCAGCUAGUAAAAUUACUAAUACACAGUGGUGUUACUAAGUAUUUGGAAUUCAAAACUUUAGAUGGUAGUUAUGUUUACAAAAAAGGCGAUAAAAUUUAUAAGGUUCCAGCUGAUGAAAAAGAAGCUUUGUCAACAAGCUUAAUGGGAAUCUUUGAAAAGCGUCGAUACCGCAAAUUUUUGAUUUAUGUUAAUGAUUUUGAUAUUAAUGAUCCCAAAACUUAUCAUGGUAUUGACCCAAAGACAGCCACAUCGCAAGAUUUGUACCACAAACAUGGCUUGGAUGAUAAUACUGCAGAUUUCACUGGUCAUGCCCUGGCACUGCAUAGAGAUGACAGCUACAAACAAGAAAAUGUUUUAGACACAAUAGAGCGAAUUAAACUGUACAGUUCAUCUCUGUCACGUUAUGGCAAAUCUCCAUAUUUGUACCCACUGUAUGGAUUGGGAGAACUUCCACAAGGCUUUGCAAGGCUAUCAGCUAUAUAUGGUGGCACCUAUAUGCUUGACAAACCAAUUGAAGCUAUUGUAUAUGAUGACAAUGGUGAGGUUUGUGGCGUCACAUCUGGAGGUGAAACUGCCAAGUGUAAAACUGUUGUGUGUGAUCCCACAUAUGUAAAAGAUAAGGUCAAGAAAGUUGCUCAAGUGGUACGUGCUAUUUGCAUCAUGAAUCAUCCUAUACCACGUACAAAUGAUAACUCUUCAUGUCAAAUCAUCAUUCCACAAAAUCAAGUGGGUAGGAAAUCAGAUAUCUAUGUGAGUUGUGUAUCUAGCACUCAUUGCGUAGCAGUUAAAGGUUUUUAUAUCGCAAUGGUAUCCACCACUGUUGAGACUGACAACCCAGAAGCUGAAUUACAACCAGGUCUUGAUUUGCUUGGCCCACUAAAACAGAAGUUUGUGUCUGUAUCUGACAUAUUGGUACCUAUUGAUGAUGGUAAAAAAUCUAAGGUAUUUGUGACCACAUCUUACGAUGCUACAACUCACUUUGAAACCACGUGUAGUGAUAUCCUGGAUGUAUGGACACGAAUGACUGGUGAAGAAUUUGACUUCUCCAAAGUUCAGAAAGAUGUAGAGGCAAAUUAGUACACUGUCUCAAAUCUGACAGUCAAAUCUCCCUUUCGCUAAGUUUAUGUCUCUCAUUCUUAUCCAAGAAAAAUAUUGCUUGCAGAACAUUGUUAAAAUUCCCCCAAAAAACAUGAAUUUAGAAUGCCAGUAAUGUACUAAAUAGGUGUUAUGUACUGGUACUGCUAGUUGCUCAACCGAAUUGUAGUAUACGAUAUUUUUUUCUCAUGAAUGUGCAAUGUAGAUUGGAGCUGUACAUUUCGUGAUUUACUUUGAGUAGGUUUUACUAUUUGCUUCCCUGCACUCGUGUAGCUUUAUUUGAUGUAUUGUCAUGUAUGUUCUUGUAAACCAUUGUGAUGGGCACUUUUUAAAUGGGCCUUGGUUUGUUUGAUGCCAUAUACCAUGUAUGACAAUCGGCUUUAUCGGUGUUCAUAUAUAGAGAGAACGGGAAAAACAAAUUAUGCAGAUCAAUAUUUUCAGUAUAAGAGUUUUUGAAAGAGACUUGCAUGUGCAGUUGUAAAAUACUUAUUUAUCUUUUGUUAGCUUUUGACAGUGUCAAUCACUUGUGAAUCAAUUAACUAAUCACAAUAUGGUAUGGAUAUAUGUGGAAAAUAUUUGAAAUCAUGUUCCAAUAUUCCCCCCGUUGAUAUAAUUUUGUGUUAUUUUUUCUCUGGCUUAUCAAGUUAGAGGAUCUAUGUAGCAUGUACUUGCCACAGUGACUGGUAUGCACUACAUCAGUGUGAGAAUAGAACCACGGUAUUCUGUUUAUGAUAGUUAUGCAAUUGUGUUGGUAGUAUAACUUCUUAGUUGAUAUUAGGGGUAGGAGGGGGCGUUGCUUCAUAACUGAUUUAGCGCAUGAAGAGUAUUUGACAACAAAAAGAGCCAUAAGUAGUGUACUUUCUGUAGGUGUUUUUUCCCCCCAAGAAGCAACUUUUGCGUGCAAUUUAAUGUCAUGUGACAUGGAAAACAGACAAGUGGGUGAAGUCUAAGUUAGCUAGCUUUACCAUACAAAUUACUGAAUGAAAUAUUUCCCUCAUUUUGUCUGAUGCAUUGAAGUUUACAGUACGGGGAUCAAGGUUAAAGGACUAUGUUGUUGCAUUUACUUUCAUAUUGAAUAGUGGUAGUUGGAUUUUCAUGCUCAAGAAUUUCAUGGAGCUAUUACUGUAUCAUCAUGGUAUACCGUGUAAACUUUGAUCGUGUUACAGCUAGCGCAAGAUAUUUACAUACAUCUAACUCCCGCACCUGGUAGGUAAUUACCAAGGGACUUUGCAACAUUCCGAGAGACACUUUCCUCGACGCUCCAACAACUGAGUAUCUAGGGAAGUGCCUGAAGAUGUUGCAAAGUCUUUAGGUAAUUGCCUACCGAGUGAGGGAGUUAGGUGUAUGUAAAUAUUUUGCGCCUGCUGUAAGUCCAUAGCUUGUAAGUUUGAAUUAUCUUCAAAGCAAAGUGUACUUACAUUACUUGUGUAUGCUGGACUUGUACUGUAUUAAAGGAAGUAUAGAAAAUGCA